AUGGCGGGAGUAGGCCUUCUCACCAGUGUUCGAGGGGCUCUCAUCGUUAUACCAUGGGCUCUAUAUCUGGUUGUCAUGGACUUGAUCCUGUCAAUUCUCCUUCCGUUCAGCUUCUUCUUUCCCAACUUUGUCUAUGACACCUCGUCUUUCGUCGCCUUCACAAAUUGGAAUUGGAUUCAAUGUAUAUUCGAGGUCUUCAAUGGCGGAAAGAUCACUAUGUCGGGAGACGAGCUUCCUGAAGGCGAGUCUGCUAUUGUGAUCUCGAAUCAUGUAAGCUGGACAGACUUUUACAUGAUUCAGGCACUCGCUAUACGCUCUGGCAUGCUUGGCAGAUGUCGAUGGUUCUCUAAGAUUGAAUUGCGCUGGGUUCCGCUGCUAGGGUGGGGAAUCUGGGCAAUGGGGAUGCCUAUGGUGAGCCGGCAAUGGACCAAAGAUAAGAAAGAACUCGAUCGGGUCUUUGCUGGCAUUACUCAGAAGAAGUGGCCCACUUGGCUCAUCAGUUUCAGCGAAGCGACUCGAUAUACCCCAAAGAAAGCUGAAGAGGCCAAGAUCUGGUGCAAAGCAAAUGAUCGACCUGUACCCAAACACCUUCUCUACCCGCGAACGAAAGGCUUCGUAACCACGGUUCAACAUCUACGAAAGGCGAAACAUAUGAAAGCUGUUUACGAUAUGACGAUUGCAUACGAACAUAAUCAUAAAUUUCUGGAAGCUCCUACGAUAUGGGAAUCGCUUGCCAUGGGUGAUCUGAGUGGAAAGAAGGGCUAUAAAUUCCACGUUCACGUCCAGCGAUAUCUUCUGGCAGAUUUGCCUGAGAGUGACGCUGAAUUGGCCAAGUGGCUGGAAACACGAUGGGUGGAGAAAGGAGAAUAUCUGGAGGGAAAGAGGGAGGAGUGGGCAAGAUCAUAA